ACGCCAUUCAAUUGUAUACCGUCGAACGAAACGCGCGUGCGGUUCUGAAUUAUAACUUGUAACCUUCAAAAAUCAACAUGUCGGUCGGUGCGUCGCGGGUCGUGCUCUACGUUCUAAACGCUAUUUUCACAAUAUUCGGACUCGCUAUCGCCGCGGCUUCGAUAUGGUUCUUUUGCCAAGUGAACGAAUUCACCCGCCUCAGAAACAGUAACCAUUAUCUGUUGGACUACACCGUGUACUGGCCUCAAGCGAUACCGUGGAUCUUCUUUAUCGUGGCCGUGCUGAUCAUCGGAGUGUCAGUAUGCGGAUUCACCAGUGCCAAGAAGAAGAGCAAAGGUCUGCUGACCAUGUACGUAACCGCCAUGAGUAUCGUGAUAGUUCUUCUGAUCACUGCCUCGGUGAUCGCUUUAGUGUUCGCGGACAACAAAUCAACGGACGAUUUCGUGAAGGACACAGUCUGGGAUGUGUACUUCCAAUCGAAGAAUGACAACGAAGUCGCCGACGCCUUUGGAGUAAUCGAGAGGAAGUUGCAUUGCUGCGGCGCCGAUAGCCCUAGAGACUACAAAAACUGGAAGGCAGACUUCCCAAUGUCGUGCUGUGAUGUGUAUUACCACGGUUGGUUGGAGCCGUAUGCCAUUGACUGCGCCUUUACGAACAAAUUGGCGAAUGAAAGACACGGGUGUUCUACGGUAGCGGCGCAGUACGCCAGAAUUGCUAUCAAGGUCUUGUCAGCGGCGUCCAUUUUUACUGCCUUUAUUGGCAUGAUAGCUGUAGCGUUCGCCGUGGUUCUGUAUAAAGGACUGAAGAUCAGAAACAAGCCGCCGCCCACGCACGAGUCCGAGAGCAAAAAGGUUCUAUUGUUAAAGAUGGCGAAGGAAGAGCUUAUCAAGGGAGUGCUUUAUGUUGUGAAUGUUAUUUACGCGGUGUUCGGAUUCGUGACGGCAGCGACGGGGAUCUGGUUUUUCGUGCAACUUUCCGAAUUUGUCGCAUUGAGAAACAGCAAUCACUAUUUAUUGGAUUACCGAGUCUAUUGGCCCCAAGUGGCGCCAUGGUUUUUCAUACUGCUCGGACUUUUUGUGAUGAUGGUCGCCUUCUGUGGAUGGUGCGGCGCCAGCAAAGAGAGUAGAGGCCUCCUGGGGACGUACGGGUUCUUCCUGAUCCUAAUCAUCCUCGGACAGGCGAUCUCAGCUACCCUAAUCUUCGUGUUCGUUGAUGGAGAGGAUACUGAUAGAUUCAUAAAGGAUACAGUUUACGACGGAUACUACAAUUCCCAAUCAAACCCUGACGUGUUCAAAGCUUUUGGAAGGAUUGAACGGAAGCUUAAAUGCUGCGGCGCUAAUGACGCUCGUGAUUAUAGAAGCUGGAGAAACGACUUGCCCCUGACCUGCUGCCUGGACAGCUACUACCGAGCGACAUGCGACUUCACCGAUAAGGAAGCCAACGAAAGACUCGGCUGUGCUAAAGUGGCGUCUGUUUACACAAAGAUUAUAAGCUCUUCCGUUGCCGGAGCUUCUUUACUAAUAUGUUUAGUGGAGAUAACAGGGGUCAUUCUCUCUUGGAAGCUCUUCAAGUCUCUGAGGGAAGUGGAACAUUAUAUCACGGAGAGAAAGGAGGGUGAAACGGAGUGCUAAUUUUAAGGUAAAGAUAACAAAUCGGUUGUUUAGACCAUGUUUGGAUGCGACGCAUUGUUCGGUGUUUUGCAAUAGUUUAGUGUGACGAUAUUGAACAAUCGUUUGUAAGGUCGACUCUACGGUUGAAUGGUUGAUGUUUGAAUCUCAUUGUAUGUAUUGUGAUGGUACUAUCGUGCGAACUCUCCCAUAUUCUAACAUACAUUUUUUUUCGGGGCCGGUGUCUAUUUGUUAUAACGCUGCAAGUAUACAAGGUACGGUAUCAAGUUGUUUUCCAUAAUGCAUAGGAAUUUCAAUUAUAAUGGAUGCCAUUAAGUGACGUCAUAAAUAAUUCAAUAUGGCGGACAACAAGCGCCGUUGGCCAUAACAUUAUUAAUAAUUACACAUACAAUUAAUACUUGCUUGACAACCGUCAUAAUAGUAUCUUAAUUGAUGUGAAUUCUAUAGUUUUUUUUUUGUGUAAAAUUGAUUUAGUUUUUGUAGAGGGAGUAGUUAUUAAUUGUUCAAUUUUGAGUCGAUCUGCAAUCAGUAUAGGUGCUUUAUUUUGUUAUCUUUAGCCAAAUUUUACCACCGAUGUCCGUACGUUGAAAGGCCUACACGUGCGCAUACAAAAAUCGAUUUUAAGUUUAAUGCGAUAAGAGUGUUUUAGGUUACCGCGAUUUUCCCGCCCCGACACGAAGUCGAAGCCUGAACAAUUUUCAUAGUCCUCAGAAAGUUUUCUACUUUAUCAUGGCAUUGUUUGUAUUUUGAGAAUAAAUUCGUUUCCUUUUUGGAAGGAAAUUUGAGAAAUUUUAUUCUUGUGAAUUUAGCCUAGUUUCUGACAUUCCGUAAUUAAUUUCUUAUAUAAACGCGUUACCACUCGUGUCAUUUUAAUAUUAAUUGCUAUUUUAUUUUAUGAAAAUUAUAUUUUAUCUUAUUUUGUGCAUGUAUAUUUUGCUGUUCUAUUAAUUAGGUGGUAUAUCUCAAAUUUAUUUACAAUUUUAAUUUAAGUUUUAUCGAAUCUUAUUUUUUAUUAUAGAUUUUAAAACGAAGGGUUGGAAACAAUUACAGUUCAGUAUUUAUAUACUUAGUUUUAUAUAAUUUUUAUUCUGACUCAAACUUUGGAUUGUGGACAAUGGACUAUAUUUUUGUGACAAAAGAACAUGUUUUUGACAUACUUGAUGAUGACUUGUGACAGUUUAUGAAAACGUCUUGACAGAUACUGAAGUAAUUUGGCAGCUAUGACAUUUGCCUCACCCGGGUCAAAGAUCUUUUCACUUAACGCCCAGAAUCGUCUUAAUCAUUAAUUUCCUCCUUAGCUCGUGAAUCAUUACCUGAACUGACUGACUCACUUAUAACUCAAUUGUAGAAUGUCUCGUGACCUCGAAUGAUCCCCUCCACAUGUUUUGUUGUGGAUCAUUGCGUAAGUUUGAAUGGUUACAUACAACCUUAAGGUUGUAGUAGGUACUUGAAUACUAUGAGAAAAAUUUGACCUCGACUCGAUUAGAUAUAUGCCUCUAAUUCGAUUUCACUUAACCAAUUUUACCAAUGCGAGAACCGUGGCUAUGUUUGAUUUUUGAUUCAAUUGUGGAGACUUUUGUAUUAUCUGUUCAGAUUAUGAUUUUAAUACUUUCCACAGAAAUAUUAUGUCUGAAUCGCCUCCAUUUGCAAAUUGUUUUUAAAAUACUCUUUUCAAUGGCAUUUCAAUCUCAAUUUUACAAUUUACCUAACUAUUUCCUAACUCCAAUAUGUUUAUUUCU